UCAGGAGUUGCCCAGCGGUCCCACUGUCAUUGGGAGCGGCAGAGAUCUGUAGGGAAUGAUUAGGACUGAAUAAAGUAGGUGAGGAGAUAUUAAGGAGUGGCUUGAGGAGUUAUGGUAACAGCAAUCAUGACUUCUAAGGAGCUCCCAUAGAAAGAAGCAGGAUUUUCAAUAAGCGGACUUCCCGCAUCUUCAACUGUCAGACAAGUGCCACUGGUUGCCUUUGCCAGUCCGAGUGUGCAGCCGCCGUCCUCAGUAAACCACCCAGGCUGGGAACCACAGAAGUGUCAUAUUUCAGCCACAUUCUAUCUGUUAGCCAUCCACAAUAAACCACAGUGCAGUGAGUGCUCAUUCAGAAGAAAACAUACCCUCUUCUUCCAGCCCCUCCUUCUGCUUGCCUUGUCCUUGAGCACUCCUCAUUCCCAGCUCCUAUCUGUGGCACGCUCCUAUAAUCAGGUGCUGUCCUUCAUGCCUGCUAUAAAGGCAAAAGGAGAUGCGGUGCGUGCAUGCAGGCUGGCAGCCCCAACCCGUGACAUGCUGCAAGCCAUCAUCAAGCUGUGCUGCGGCACUGCCCACGACCACCUCCGCAAGUUGCCCGCAUACAUCUUACUCAGUGGUCACUAGCACGUCUCUCCCCCAGGCCUGAAGACAGCAGCCACUGCGGUGAUGCAGGAGUUAACAGGCUCCCACUGCCUGCAUUCCGAAGUUCCUCCUUGUAUCCAGAGUCUCAUGGGGAAGGAUGCUGCCAGGUGCACAGAGCCGGAAGCGGACACGCAGCCCUCCAGCACGAACCUGUCCUACAUCCACCAGGGAGAAAGGGCCCUGCAGCGAGCGCUGGGCAUCCUGCAGCAGUCACACUGCUGGCAGCCGGAGGCCGUGCCGAACGCAGGGGCUGCAAUGUCCAGCACCGUGCUGCCAGGGCUGGGCCGCGUCUUUCGGGCCGAGGCGGUGCUGGCGGUGCCGGUGGGCCGGCUGCAGGGUGAGCUGUUUGAGCGGCUGGAGGAGAUGCCCCGCUGGAACCCCAGCCUCAGCCGCGUGGAGGUGCUCUGCCGCCCAGGUGAGGACACGCUGGUGACGCACGAGGUGACAGCUGCCAGCCCUGUGGGACGCAGGGACUUCGUCAGCACGCGGCACCGCAGCAGGACACGGGCAGCCAUCUACCUGGUGGGCACCACUGCCCACCUCGAGCGGCCACCUGCACCACAGGGCUGCAUCAGGGCCGAGACGCGGCUGAGCUGUAUCGUGCUGCAGCCGCUGCCAGGCAACCCAAGCUGCACACGCGUCACGUGGCUGCUCAGCAUGGACCUGAAGGGCUGGAUCCCCACCUCGGUCACCAACCGCGUCCUGCCACAGUGUCAGGCCAAGUUCAUCGGGCAUCUCCGCCAGCACCUCUCCUCCACUGCCUGUCUCUGACCCCAGCACACCGUUAUUCAUUUGUGGAGAGGUAGCUUUACAUUUCUGUGCGUAUCUAUCUAUGCACAUAUGGAUAGGAUUUCCCAUCCUGUGGAACCACAGAACCAGGGCAGACAUCACUGCAAAGCACAGACAGAAACCCAUCUUUCCUCUUACAGCUCCUUCUGGAGCCAUGAAGCAUGACUGCAGCCACUUUGGGGGGCUUGGAGCCUAUAUAUCCCAUUGGCUUUGCUUAUUUAUUGGAAAGAUAAAGCCGCUUGCAAAAGCCAUGUGAAACCCUGGCUGAUAAAUAGGAGUUAAAUAAAACACAGAAGUGGCAGCUUACUAUGGAAGAUCCCUUUCAAUCACACACAGGUCAUGUGUUCCCAUACCAUACUAUUCCCACACUCUAAAUAAAUCAACAGAAAUGGACAGUGAUGUGGAUUUUUUUCUUUUUCUUUACAGUAUGUUAGAGUU